AAAUUUGUUGUGUUUUGAAUAGAAAUAAGGAAAAAAAAAAUUCAUCUUUUUGUUCUAAGUGGAAGUCAGCCAAAAACACCAACAUUUAUAAAAUCAAUGAGAUGAUGGGUCGUGGAGAAAGGCAUGGUCUGACAUCCUCCUGGCUAGGUGGUGACAUGGGUUCCAAACUUCUCUUAUAGCCUCCUCUUUCCUCUCUCUAGCCCCUUUUCUGUUCUUCUUCACCCCCUUCUUUUUUUCUCAAAAAAUGUUGAGGAUAUGGAAAUGUUACCAGAAUUGCUUAUCUCUUCAUCCUGUGAAAACACAAGUUAUUAGCUCAGGUUUCCUUUGGGGCAUUGGGGAUGUUGCUGCUCAAUACGUCACCCAUUCCACCGCAAAGAAACGCCUUCAAUAUAAAGAUGCAGGGCAAGAAUUUAAAAUCAACUGGAAAAGAGUAGCUAUCACAAGUAUCUUUGGAUUUGGCUUUGUUGGACCAGUUGGGCACUUCUGGUAUGAAGGCUUGGACAGAUUUAUAAAGUUGAGGCUUCAACUACGGCCAAAGUCGGCGAGGUUUGUAGCUACCAAAGUUGCAAUGGAUGGCCUUAUCUUUGGGCCCUUUGACUUGCUUGUAUUUUUCACUUAUAUGGGGUUUUCCAACGGCAAAAGUGUUGAUCAAGUGAAGGAAGAUGUGAAGAGGGAUUUCCUCCCAGCCUUGAUAUUGGAGGGUGCUGUGUGGCCAAUUGUUCAGGUUGCAAAUUUCCGAUAUGUUCCUGUGAGAUACCAACUCCUUUAUGUUAAUAUCUUCUGCUUGCUAGACAGUGCCUUCUUGUCAUGGAUUGAUCAACAGAAGGAUGCUCCCUGGAAACAGCAGUUUACUUCUUUCACCUCAUUGAAGGAACGAGGAGGCCAAGGCAGAUUAUGAUGAUAUUUCUCCUCACUUGCAAUUUUUUUCCUCAUACUGUUCAUAGUACCAAGUGUAGUGUACAACAGAAUAUUCAUAUACUGUUGAAAGAAUCAUAGAACAAUCCCAAAAUGCCAACUGGGGUUUUAGAUUUGGGGAGGGAUUGAAUUAUUUUAAGCUUUCAGUAAUGUCCAACCAAUCUUCACUUUAAAUGGAAUAAACUACAGAACCCAAGCUGAAGAUGUGUUUGUGCAAUUCUUCUUUCUGGGAAAAACAGCAUGUAUAUAAUCGAAGCCUGAUGAACUGAAACUACGAUUACUGAAGGAACUGGUACUCUUCGCUUGAAUACAAUACAGCAGAUUGUUUUGUGAACCUUCAGAGGGAGUAGGCAUUUUUUAUACAAAGCU